UUCGUUUGCGUUUUUUCAGCAGUCAGUCGAGAGUCACAAGAUUCGUCAAAAUACGUCUAAAUUCUGAAUUAACUAAUUUUUAUACAUCUGUUUUGCUCAGUUAAUAACUCGUAAAUAGACUUAGCUUUCUGCAUAGUGUUUAUUUAGUUGUGUUUUUUUUAAAUUAUCAAUAUGGGUUCAAUAAUUUUGGUUAUGAAUUUGUAAAUGGAGCCUGGAUUCAAAGUACAAAACAACUAAUGAAUGAUGCAGUCUGUAUACUGGACAGGCAGAGUGCUAUCACGUGCUAUUAGAAAUGGACUCACAAGUUUUUCGAGUGCUGCUGAAUUAAACGUUUCUAAAAAGAAACAUCCGUAUUUAGUGUCAGUAGUUUGUGGAUUUCCUAAAGACAUAGCUAAUGGAAGAUCCCAUAAGGGUCAAUUCGGAGACGACGCAUGGUUUUCCACAAAUUUCAACAAUGCAGAUGUUAUUGGUGUUGCUGAUGGAGUGGGAGGCUGGCGUGCAUAUGGAAUUGAUCCUGGAGAGUUCUCAUCAUAUCUUAUGAGGACAUGUGAAAGACUGGUCAGAAUGGGCCACUUUAAAAUGUCAGAGCCAGGAGACCUGCUGGCCAAGUCUUAUUAUGAGCUUUUAGAACAUAAAAAACCCAUUUUAGGUAGCAGCACAGCAUGUGUAAUGAUUUUAGACCGCAGCGAGAGUAUAAUGCGUGCUGCCAACAUUGGGGACAGUGGUUUUAUGGUUGUACGUGGUGGCCGUGUUGUGCACCGGUCUCAUGAACAACAGCACUACUUCAACACACCUUAUCAAUUAAGCCUGCCACCUCCUGGACAUGAUCAGAAUGUUCUCAGUGAUAGGCCAGAAUCAGCGGAAACGGCCGAGUUUAAGGUGGAAUGCGGUGACGUGAUCCUCGUGGCGACGGACGGCGUGUUCGACAACGUGCCGGAGCCGGUGCUGGUGGCGGAGAUGCGGCGCGCGCAGGCGCUGGAGGGCGACGCGCAGCGCCUGCAGGCCGUCGCCAACUCCAUCGCGUGGAUGGCCCGCAACCUCUCCUUCGACGGGUGCUACAUGUCGCCGUUCGCGAAGAGCGCGCGACAGAAUGGCAUCGAUGCUAUUGGUGGAAAACCGGACGACAUAACGGUGCUACUGGCUAUCGUAGCACUAUGAAAAUGUCACUAUGUGAUUUAUUAGAUUAUUUGAGAAACAGAUUAGUUCAAAAUAAUUUGCAACAUUAGUUUAAACAACGACACCAAAAAAAAAAUACAAUAUUGGUUUCUAUUAUAUUUAAUAAUAGUGUUGUCAUCAUUUUUCAUUGUACAAAAAACGAUAACAUUUUAAAGGGUUUAUAUGAUCUGAUGCAAAAUGAAUUUACCAUUGACAGACACUAGAGCACUAGUCACUCGGUGAUAUUUUUACUAUGCAGAAACGGAGAAAUUGUUGAUUGUUAUUCAUUUCCAUUACAAUUUUGUUGUUAGUUGUGUAUGUAUUGUGAUGUUUAUGAUAAAAAAAUAUGUGGUAACUAACAUAUUGGACGAAUAAUUGUGUAUGCAUAAAUGCAAUAUUUGUUAAUCAAAUGUGUAUAUAAAAUUCAUCUAAAUAUGCAGAGGAAAUUUUAAGUAUGAAUCAAGUACAUUACUGAUUAUAAAGUUUAAAAGUAUGCCUGGGUUGUGUUGUAUCUAAGCUUUUUGAGCAACUCUUACCCUCUCUAGUAAUUUCUGUAUACUCUUAUACAUCUAGAGAUGAGUAUGAACAAAUGUGUAACCUUAGGUACAGAGGAAUGUUUAUAAAUAAUGUAAUUUAGUAAAUGUAAUAAAUAUUGUAAAAAGAGAACAUCGAUAUUUUUUUGUGAUUAUUUUGUUAUUGUAUAAAAUGUGUGUUUGAUGUUUGAAUGAAGACUGAUUAUUUAGCUAUAUUUGUUAAUAUGUCAAUUUGAGAUUUUUCAACGCAAUUAUUACAACGCAACUAACAGAUUUUUGUAGUGUUAUUUAUAUUCCUUUUUAUACAUUUUUAAUCUAAACAAGUAUGUAUUCGACAACUUGACACAAUUUACACUCAGUUUAUAUUUUACUAUACGUAUAACAUUUAAUAAUAAUUGAAUGUAUGUCACUAAAUGCUGCGGGUGCGACUUACGAUUGUUAUUAGCGUCUCUGUAUUAUUAUAAAUUAUGAAAUAUCAUUAAUUUUUUUUUGCCAUAUCUAAACUGUUUAUGUUAUAAUCAAGGAAUAAUGAAUUUUAUAGAGAUCCCAACAACGUAAUAAUCUUUAUUUUUUUCUUUUUUAUCAAAAUAUUACUAAAUUGCACUUCACAGAAACACUUUUUUUAGACACAGUAGCUGCUACAAAGGAAAUAUCAAAUUAGCUUGCAAAUAGUGUUCAACUAAAAUAAUCACAAAGAUCAAAUUAAUAAUAUCCGCCAAAUACCAAAACUUAUUAUUGCUGUUUUCCCGAGUUAGCCAGUGUAAUUACACACAUAUGGGCAAAACAUCUUUAUCCUAUGAUCAUAUUUACGUGUUAGGAGUUGUUUGUACAUCCUGCAGUGCAAGUAUUUAUUAGCAUGAAAGGUGAAUAUUUACCAGCAGGAUCCCCAUUUGUCGUCCUAAAAUCCAUACUAUAACGUGAUUCGUUGCAAUUAAUACAUUUAGGGUUUGAAAACUUGGGUCGAAUUCUAAUAAAACUUAUCACACAACAAAACAUUGGUUAAAAGUUUAUUGAUGAAAAAGGAAUUCUUGUGUAAAUUUCAAUAUAACAUAAGGUGCAUUUUGGAAUACGUCUUUUGUAGUUAAAUAUUAAUUAAUUAUAUGUUUUAUUGAAUUGGUUGAGUCAUGAGGAAUGAUGGUAAAACUACUGUCUAUUAUAAAUAAAUUGUUAAACGAUUUGAAAUUCGUGCAAAAAAGGAGUGUGUAGAGAAAUAAAUAAAUUUAAAUUAAAUAUA